AUGCAGCUUCGUAAAGGUAUUGAGGAUUACGAACAGAGAGGGCCAGCGGCGAACGGCACUGCCAUACCCAACGGGAUGAGCGGGGUGAAUGGCAUCACCAAUGAAUUCAAUGGAAUACACCCCAAAGCCCAUGCCAGCUCUUCAAUAACCGAGCCUGAGAAGCUCGACGUGUUGAUCGUCGGUGCGGGCUUCGCAGGCAUUUACUUACUGUACAACCUGCGCCGGAGGAACUUCAAUGUCAAGAUCGUGGAGAUGGCUACCGACCUAGGAGGCGUGUGGUACUGGAACCGAUACCCCGGAGCACGGGCGGACACACACUACCCCCUCUACGCACUGUCCCUGUCAGAGGUAUACCGCGACUGGGUGUGGAAAUCCCAUUAUCCCGACUCGGAAGAACUGCGCGAAUACUUUGCGCACGCGGGUAGAGUGCUCGGGACCAAGAAAGAUACAUACUUUUCCACGAAAGUGACAGACGCCGAAUGGGACGAGCACCACAACCUGUGGACCAUCCAGUGCGAUACAGGCAAGGUGUUUGAAGCAAAUUACUUUAUUGCGUCGAUCGGGUUUGCCGCCAAGCCAUAUAUUCCGGACUGGGAGGGUCUUGAGACGUUCAAGGGCGUCAUCCAUCACAGUUCCUUCUGGCCCAAGGAAGGAUGCGACGUCAACGGGAAGAGGGUUGGCGUGCUCGGGUCGGGGUCCACGGGGAUACAGAUCGCGCAGGAGUGGGCCCAUCAGAUCGGUGAGAAAGGCGAUCUUAAGAUGUUCCAGCGCACGCCCAACCUAUGUUUGCCCAUGAACAAUGUGGUUUUGACUCCGGAUCAGCAGGCAGAAGAUAAAUUGAGAUAUCCCGAAAUAUUCGACAACCGAUGGAAAACUCAAGGCGGAUUUUCCUAUCAGCCACGCAAGGAGAAGAUGCUUGAUGCGACGCCGGAGGAGCGAGACGCAUUAUUUGAAGAAUUAUGGAAGAUGGGAGGCUUCCGAUUCCUCAUGAACAACUACUCGGACAUGAUGAAAGAUUUUACCGCAAACCGCGAGGCGUACAACUUCUGGCGCCGAAAGACGUUGCAGCGCAUCCGGGACCCUCGAAACAGAAAGCUCUUUGCCCCUGAGCAACCCCCUCAUCCGUUCGGCGGCAAACGACUCGCCCUCGAAGUUGAUUUUUAUGAGCAAUUCGAGCGGCCCAACGUCAAUGUCAUUGACAUCAAGACCCACCCCAUCGUCCGAUUAGAACCAACAGGACUAGUCACAUCGGAUGGCACACUGCACGAGCUAGACGUGAUCGCGGUCGCCACAGGCUUUGACGGCAUCACCGGCGGUCUAAAUAACAUCAACAUCCGCGGUCGAGGCGGGGGACUCCUCCGCGCAAAAUGGAAUGAUGGUGUGCUGACAUAUCUGGGCAUGCUUUCGGCUGGAUUCCCUAAUUUCUUCUUCACCUUUGGACCCCAGGCGCCGACGGCAUUCAGCAACGGGCCCACUUGCAUCGAACUGCAGGCUGACUGGCUGGUGGAGACGUUGGUGUAUCUGCGGGAUAAUGGAUGUAAGAGCAUCGAUGUCAGGCCCGAAAUGGAGGUUGAAUGGAAGAAGACAGUGGUUCAAUUCAGCGAGACGGGCGUCAGACAUCACACCCGCUCGUGGUGGAACGGAGCUAAUAUCCCUGGAAAGGUGCAUGAGCCACUGAACUGGGGAGGAGGUAUUCCGCUGUACUUGAAGAUUGUGAACGAGAUCAAAGAGACCGGCUAUAAGGAUUUUGAAGUGAGAUAA